GUGCUUUGAGGUGGACGUACAUUUGGUGCACUGCGCCUUUAAGAAGCAGCGCUUCUCUGAUUGGUUCUCCUAUGUUCAUGCCCUCUUCCUCAUCUGAAGUUACAGUCAGUGCUGUCCUGAUCUUUAGACAAGUGGCUUAGGUACAGAACAUUAGUUUGUCUUGCGCCAAAUACAUUGAGAAAAUGGCUGAGGACAUUCCAGACCUUCCCAGUGGUCCAUUGGACAUCUAUAGGAAGAAAGCAUCAUUCAACUGGAAGGAUAUGAUGCGGUUUCUAGACGGCGACGAAAUCAUUGCAUUCAAGCAACACGUGUUCACGACUCUGGAAAAUGACCCACUGUUUGCCCGGCAGCCGGGUGAGGAUAUUCCUCUGGAGCAGAUGAGAGAGAUCACUUUCCGUCGCUGUAAACAGUUAUUUAAAUACAAGUUUCUGACACAAGAUGAAAUCAUGCAGAACCCCUUCAAGUUGACAACAUUGAAUGACUGCCUGGGAAUGUACGACUGGUCUUUAGGAGCAAAGUAUAACCUUAACAGAGGGCUGUAUGGAGCCACAGUGGCGAACACGGGAUCUAGUAGGCACAAGAAAUUUGUGCAGGACAUUGAGAAUAUGAUGGCAUUUGGCUGCUUUGCAUUGACAGAGCUAAGCCAUGGUAGCAACACACGAGCAAUGAGGACAACAGCUACAUAUGAUCCCAGCACUCAGGAAUUUGUGAUAAACUCUCCAGAUUUUGAAGCAGCAAAGUUCUGGGUGGGAAAUUUGGGGAAAUCGGCCACUCACGCGUGCCUGUUUGCCCAGCUCUACACACCGGAUGGAAAUUGUCAUGGCCUGCAUUCUUUUGUGGUCCAAGUCAGGGAUCCAAAGACCUUGCUGCCGAUGCCAGGUGUGAUGGUUGGAGACAUUGGAAAAAAACUGGGUCAUAAUGGUUUGGAUAAUGGUUUUGCUAUGUUUCAUAAUGUGAGGAUUCCACGGGAAAACUUACUAAACAGAACUGGAGAUGUUUCGCCGGAUGGUCGCUACAUUUCACCUUUUCAAGACCCCAAUAAGCGGUUUGGGGCGUCUUUAGGGGCUCUGUCAGCAGGCAGGGUGGGCAUUACCCGGAUGGCACUGGUCAAUUUAAAGCUGGCUUUGACUGUUGCUGUCCGUUUCUCUGCCACACGCAGACAGUUUGGGCCCAGAGAGGAUGAAGAGAUUCCAGUGCUGGAAUAUCAGCUACAGCAAUGGCGACUGCUUCCAUACCUGGCAGCAAUGUACGCGCUGGAGAUUUUCACAAAAUCCUUCAUCAUGAACUAUGUGGAAUUUCAGAUUGGUCUUAUGAUGAAGGACAAAAGUGACAGACAGGCUGAACUGGGCAGGGAGAUUCAUGCCAUAUCAUGCGCUAGUAAACCUCUAGGAUCGUGGAUAGCCCAGCGAUCCAUUCAGGAAUGUCGGGAAGCAUGUGGAGGGCACGGAUUCCUUGCAAUGAAUCGCUUGGGAGAGAUGCGCAACGACAACGACCCAAACUGCACAUAUGAGGGUGAUAACAAUGUUCUCCUACAACAGACCAGCAACUACCUGCUCAGCAUGCUUCAGCAAACACAACAAGGUAAAGGAAAGAUUGAAUCCCCUCUUGAGACCGUAAACUUCUUAAAGGACAUGAGCAGCAUUCUGCAAAGCAAGUUCACAGCUGCCUCAGUGGAAGAGUGCAUGAACUCAGCCGUACCUCUUGCGGCAUAUAAGUGGCUGGUGUGUUUUCUGCUGGGUGAGAGCCAGGAGAAGCUGUUGCGUGAGAAAUCCUCUGGACUGGGAGACUUUGAGGCCCGAAACAACAGCCAGGUGUAUUACUGUCGUUCAUUGGCUAUUGCUUACAUUGAACACAUGGUGCUGCAGCGCUUCCAUGACAUGGUUGAAGAUGAACAGACUCCAGCUGGUCUCAGAUCAGUUCUUGGGCGUCUAUGUGCUCUCUACGGCCUGUGGUCCAUCACCAACCACAUGGCCAUACUGUAUCAAGGAGGUUAUUUUUCUGGCCGACAACCGGUCGACUUCAUUCAGACCGCCAUUCUCACUCUGUGUGGGCAGUUAAAGGAUGACGCCGUGGCGUUGGUCGAUGUGGUUGCUCCUCCUGACUUCAUCCUACACUCACCCAUUGGCAAAGCAGAUGGUGAGCUUUACAAAAACCUGUGGUCCGCAGUCAUGCAGGGCAAGAAUGUUCUGGAACGGCCAUCAUGGUGGGCUGAGUUUUGUUCAGACAAACCUGUAGUUGGAUCGCUCCGAGCCAAGCUGUAACCCCUAGCACUGGAGAACCAUUGCAGAUUUUUGUUUGUCUUGGUGCCUGUCAACCUAAUCUAAACUGUAUUAAAAAGAAAUUUGCAUUUCCGUUUUAAAUGUGUAGGGGAGAGCGGGGGCAAAAUUACUUUUUUUAGAAAAACGUCAUUUUUAAAGGUAGUGUUUUAGACAGAGAUAUAUUUUUUUCUAUGGUCAAUAACUCACAAGUGUGGUCUAACAAUACCAAUGACAUUUUUAGAAAAACUUUAGAAAAACUACACAUUGUUAAUUUCGACCCUGCCGCUUGGAUAAAAGUGCAAAGUAGAUUUGUUACACUUGUUUUUAUUAAAUAUACCUGGCUAUGACUUUGGUAAUAUGUAACUGCAAACAUAUUUUGCCCAUAUCUUUGCAAAAAAAUAAUUAAAUUCCAUUUAAAUUUUAGUUUUAUCAAAUGUUUCAAAAGCAACAGUACAGUACAAACUUGAAUUGCUGUUGAGAAUACAACAUUUUUAGAGCAGUAUGAACAAUAUGAAAAUUAAAUUAAAUAUUAAUUCUUAACAUAAUGCAAUGUAUUAGCAGGGGGACAAAAGUUGCAAGUGUCAAUUUGUUCUGAAAGGACCUCCUGACAUUUAAACACAAAUUUACUUUUAUUUUGAAAAACUCAAGAUGUGAUAUUGAUCAGUACCUUAACACAUGAAACCAGAAACACAAAACAGCUUCAGUAAUUUACUUUUCAUGCUCAAAAAAAGCUUUCUGGACCUGCAAAUGUAGUCAGGGCUCUGAGAAAAUCGCUUUGUUUUGCCCCGCAUUAUACUUUCGCCCCGGUUCUCCCCUAAUUCAACAUUAAGUGGGUUAAAUUUAUCAACCACGCAACAAAAUAAAAUUUAUAGCACUUUUCAGUGUGCUCAAUAUAUAAACCCAUAUAUUUGAUUCGACACUAAAUACAUGUGAUUUUGUGUAUAAACAUGAAACAGUUUAAUUAUUGUUGCAAGUCUUCGGAGCGGUUUCCUGGACAAAGAUUAGACUCCUAGACGAAAAUAAAUGUAAGAGCUAUCCAAACUAAAAACAUCUAUAUCUAAAAAUACACCACUGCCCUGUGUUUUGCCUCAAAAUGCAACAGAAGUAAUGUUUUUAGCAAGGCAUGUUUGUUAAAACUAAUUAUAUUUUAUAAUGAAACUAAGAACUAGUCCUGGCUUAAACUAAUCUCUGUCCGGGAAACCACCCCUUCAAAAAUCAGUAACGCAUCUUAGCAGUAUUGCACCUCAUAAUAUAAAUGUUCAUUUGUUAUCGUAAUUGUGGUUUAUUUUUUAUCAUGUUGAUUUUUGCAUUGAAUUAACAAUACUAAAAACAGGGUUCCCACGGGUCCUUGAAAUCCUUGAAAGUUUGUGAAUCUGGGGGAAAUAAUUCAAGGCCCUGGGAAGUUUUUGAAAAUAAUACAUGCAUAGAUACAGGUCAUUGAAUCUAUUUUAUGCAACAAGUUUUCUGGAAAAAAAUCCAUAUUAUUCCCUGUGUAGUGUAGGAUAAUAUCAUAAAAUUUCUAUCAUAAAAUUUCAUCACACGUGCUAAACUGUUCACUUUAAAUGCUUAUAUCUUCUGUAUGCGAAUGUUGAUUCAUACCAAAAUGUUUUUUACAUAGUUGUGUUUGACACAUGAAAACGUCUCGGGUUACGUAUGUAACUGUUGUUACCUAAAAAGGGAACGAGACGCUGUGUCUCCCUUGCCUACUUCCUGUGUCCCUGUAAUUCCGUCUUUGGAAAAUUUCAGAUAGCGAUAUACUUCCUGGCUCCCGCGUCACCCUGUCUUUGUCGUUAAGCCUCACCAUUGGUUGAAUUUGAUAGACACAUUCAGACGCACUUAUCCCUGGAAGUGUCCCCAAAGUGUCACCGCAGUGACGCAGCGCAAGUUCCCUAGAAAGGGAACUGUAACAAUGUAUCUUAAAAGGUAACAUCAUGUAACCUUGCUCUCACUUGAAAUGCGUCCCCACAUUUAGUCCUUGAAUUUCAGGGUUUUUGACCUGGAAAGUCCUUGAAAGGUCCUUGAAUUUGAAGUUAACUAAGGUGUGGGAACCCUUGUAAAAAAUGAAUUAAAAUAUGUAUGAUGUUGCACAAUGACAUUUUGAUGGAGGGUAAAUGAUUUUAAGUGUAAAUCCUUCUGUAUCCUAAUGUUUUUACAAUAAUAACUUUUUAUCCAAAUAAAUUUUAAUCAUUAAAAUA